GCGAGGCGAACGAGGAAGAGGAGAGCGAGGGAGCAGCCGCGCGCGCACUCGCAGCAGGGCGGCCGCAGGCUCGUCCGCUCGUUCGAUUGAUGCGCGUGCGGAGUCUGCCGCUGAUGCCGUCAGAGUGGCGCGCGUCCUCGCGGCUCCACGAGGACCACCGGAGCCUGCCACUGCCCCGUUACGCCCCGUCGUAGAUCCGACUCAGCGAGCCCGCGAGCCUCUACGGCUUAUCGAUUGACCGAGGCUCGAUUGUUCAUCACCGCGAGCGGCCCGGGAAGCUCGAGCGCCAUUCAUCUGGCUGUUGGUCUCUCUCGCGCAUGGAUGGCUUGUUCGCGCCCGACACCCCUCCAUCUUCAUCACGGCCUCUUAUUCGCCACCGGCAGCAGACGCAACACCUCGAGUAGCCCGACGAGGAUGCUCUACCGCGCUACUGCUACUGCUGAUCGCCUAACCAGGCUGCACGCUCUUCGCACUAUCUCCUCGACACAAGUUACCUUUGUCACGUGAAUCAUCGACUCACCUCGACCUCGACUCGCCCACUUCGAACGCAGUCUCUCUUCGGAAUUUAUACAUCCAUGUGACACCCUUACAACCUUGUGUGGCUGGCUGGCUCUUUUGUACAUUUUUCUUGUUAUCCGUUCAGAUCAAUUCUGAGCCGCCUAACUUUAUAAAAAAGGCAUAUAUAUAUAUACAUAUUAUAUAUAUAUAUAUAUAUAUAUAGAUAGAUAGACAGAUAGAUAUAUAUAAACGUAUUUUAUAAAUAGUUCGAUAUAUCUCAACUCGAGGCUCUAAUCUAUCGUACAAGUGCUGGGAAGAAACAUAAACGAAGAGAGAAAAUUAUAUGUACGCAUAUAUCUAUACCUACGUACACUCGCGCGCGCGCACACGCACAAACAUAUAUAUUCGACGUUAUUUCAUCUGUAACUAUGUCGCGUGUGAGUAGAAAGCAAUUGUUCUGCGUGUGAUAAGAUUAUCACGCUGCGAGGAGUCGUUGGAAAUAAUAGCGAAUUGUAUAAUUAGAAGCUGUAAGGAUUAGCAUAAUUGGAAAAAAAGGGACUGAAGAAAGAUAGUAGAAAGAAAUGUUCAAGUGCUGCGUGUGCCACGGUAAGACAUCGAGGCGUACGAGUCAAGAAGAGGACGACGAUGAUUCGUCAAGAGAAUCAUCUUCCUCCUCCACCUCCUCCUCCUCCUCGCCAUCGAGCUCCGGAGAGGAGGACGAGGACGAGGAAGAGAGGCAAAUCGAGGAGGAGCUCGCCAAGAAAUUCAAGUGCCAAAAUCCAAACACUCGAGAGCCCCUUGUCGCGGGGGGAAUAGACACCGUUAAGGAGGAAGACGAGGAAGACGAGGAGGAAGAGGAGAAGCAGGAGGAGAACGAGCGUUCCAGUGCUACUGGGAAAGUGGUGGUCGAGGUGAACGGCGACGUGAGGGGCUUACGGGAAGACGCGAUGCGGAAGAGCGUCGACCGGGAGGCCAUACGGGAAGACGUGGUGGAGAUUCUGAAUAGCGCGGUUAAAAUCGUGCGCGAGAGACUGGAGAAGAUCAAGGAGGAGACACCGGAGGAUAAUUCUGUGGAAGAAAGUCUGCCAGCGACAGCAGUAACAGCGGCCGGCAUCGUCGAAUCAGCCAGCGGCGAGGAAAUUGAUAGGGGGGCAAGCAGCGCAACAGUGGAAUCGGAAAAAUCGAAGAGCGACGAGAGCGAGGAAGAGGUCGUCACGGUUGUCGAAGAGGACGGAGUGUCAGCGGAGGUUCCAGGCGAGCAGGGCCAGCUACCGGCCGAGCACGAAAUCACAGAGGAAAUCAAGAAAGAAGGCCUGGGUCUCGAUCUUGAGAAGACCCAUCAGAUCGAGGAAAUGAUAAUCGAGGAGCUGAUCGACGCUCUUAACGAGGAAGCCGACAACGACCAGGAGCUCAAGGAAAUUAUGGAGAGCGCGACGACGAAUGAGCAACCCAUCCAACCGAGCAACGAAGAAGCUGCAAUUGCAGACCAUCCAGUCACUGAAAGUAGGUCCGAUCCAGCGAAGCCUGUCCAAGAAGAGGCGCAACACCAGGUGGAAGACGAGCUCCUCCCGCCGCCACCAUAUCCCGAACUCGAGAUCGUCGAGCAGACAAAAAAGAGCGACGCGAGCGUUAGUCCGGUCGAAUGCGACGCGGCCCAGGCGGAGGUGCAGCAGACCGUCUGUCCGAGCGAGGAGACGCCGUGCGAGCUGACGAACGGCGACCUACUGAAUAUCCCGCCGCCGAUCAGUCCGCCACCCGAGGACAAGGACCGCAGCAGCUCCGAGAUGAGCUUCCCCACGCCACCGCCCAUCGACUUCGACAUCGCCGAGACCGACCAGGAGGACAGCGAGCCCGAGUCCGAGCUUACCAAGAAGAGGACGCCGUCGCCGUGCAAGGCUCCGCCGCCCGCCCCGCCGUCCUGGGACGAGGAGGUUACACCGCCCAACGAGACGGCUCAGCAGACGAGACGCCUUUCCAAGACUUCCUCGCCGGGUAGCAAGAGUCUGCCGAGUCCGCCGUCGCCCGGUAGCGACGCCGGCAACGAGACCGAGGCCUGUAGCUCGUCCAAGAGCAGCAGCGACGAGCAGACCACCACCAAGCUCGUCCCGAGCCUCUCCAAGGCGACCUACGCACAGCGCACCAUCGACGACGACGACGGCGACGACUCGGUCUUCGAGACUGUCUCCCUCGCCAAGGAUCCCGAAGUCGUCCCCGAGGACAUUCCACCGCGUCCAGUACCGCCGGUGCCCCGAUGGCUGUCCCAAGAAGAAGAGGAUCCAGAGAGCCACGGCUCGGAGGUGUUAGGUGGGAUGCAGGAGCCACCGGCAACUCCGGUCGCCCGGGACGAGCUCGCGCUGCGUCGACACCGCUUCUUCUCGGACCUGCUGCAAGCGGCGCGUAGCACAGCCGAGCAUCGAGUCAGCUUCGACCCCCUGGGACCCAUGGUGCAUCCCGGCUGCGAACACGACGACCGCGAGGAGCACUUGGAGGAGCUUGUGAACCGGCUAGAAAACGUGACGAAACGUCUAGAACAAGUGUCGGUGCCGCAGAUUGCAGCUGUGCAGACUCAAGAGAUCGCCGUUCAGACAAAGUCACCGUCUCCCGAGCGUUCACUAUCCAUUACCGAGGAGAUCUCGCAGUCUUCGUCGUCGAGCUCGCGAUCCACCGUAUCGGGUGCUUCCGUUGUCGAAGUCGUUAAAAGCAUGUCUGUUGCGAGUUACGAGAAUCUCCUAGCCGGUCCGGUCCAGGAAUACAUUCAGCUUAGCCAGCAGAUUGGCGGCGAUGUCGCUGCCCACGCCAAAAUCGUCGACAAGGCCUUCCAGAUUCAACUGGAAUUUUUAAGAACCGCGGCGUCACGACCAGCCCCAGCGAAUCAAUCAGAGCAGAUGUCUCUGCUUAUCCCGACUUCAAGGCAAAUUCAAGAAAUCCAAGAAUUUCGCGAGAAACAUAGAGGCUCGCCAUUCUUCAACCAUUUGUCGGCCAUAAGUGAAAGUAUACCCGCCCUUGGCUGGGUAGCAGUAACUCCAACUCCCGCGCCCUACGUCAAGGAAAUGAACGAUGCUGGCCAGUUUUACACCAAUCGCGUGCUCAAAGAUUGGAAAGAAAAAGACAAGACACACGUAGAGUGGUGCAAGACUUGGGUGAAAACGCUCACGGAUCUCCAGCAGUUUGUCCGACAGCAUCAUACAACGGGAUUGGUCUGGGCAAAAACUGGAUCAGUACCAGCUGGAGGUGUGCCACCUCCACCUCCACCAUGCAUGAUGCCUAUGGCUGACCCGGCUCCAGCCGUCGGCGACGAUAGAAGCGCGCUCUUCGCCGAAAUUAAUCAGGGCGAGAAUAUUACCAAACAUUUAAAAAAAGUAACUUCAGAUAUGCAAACGCAUAAGAAUGCUAGUUUAAGGACGGGACCAGCCCCAUUUAAAGCUCCGGUAGUCAGUAAUUCAGGUACCCCCGGCAAAACCACACUUCCGGCUAAUGCACCUAUUGAUAAGCCACCGGUUUUCACUCGUGACGGCAAAAAAUGGCUAGUGGAAUAUCAAAAGGGAAAUAAAAAUCUUCUGGUUGAAAAUGCUGAAAUGAAUAAUGUUGUCUACAUGUUCCGUUGCCAGGACAGUAAUUUAGUAGUUAAAGGAAAAAUUAAUUCUGUUGUAAUUGACUCUUGCCGUAAGUGUGCGGUCGUCUUUGACUCAGUUGUGGCGAGUGUGGAAUUCGUCAAUUGUCAAAGUGUUCAGAUGCAAGUGCUUGGAAAAGUUCCGACAAUUUCUGUUGACAAGACUGAUGGAUGUCAAAUGUAUCUGAACAAAGAUACUUUAGAUGUUGAACUGAUUACUAGCAAAUCCAGCGAGAUGAAUGUCAUGGUGCCCGUAGGAAACGGAGAUUACACUGAAUAUCCAGUACCCGAACAAUUCAAAACCGUCAUAACUCCAAAAGGGCUUAAUACAGUUGCUGUUGAUUCACUGGGAUAAAUACAGUCAUUCUAUUAAUUAGAGUAUCUCAGCUUUCGAACUAUUUUAUCGUGUACUAAAAACAAUUAUUUUUCAUUGUUUAUUUAUUUUUAAUCACAGAAAAAUAUAAAUGCAUGAUUUUUAAUAAUUUUUUUAAUAAUUUUAAUAUAACUAACUUUUAUUGAAAUCUGAGAAAUUCAUUUUAUUCGUAUUAAAAAAUAUUUGUUUUUGUGAAAUUUAAUAUCGUUUGCUGAGCUCACGUAAGAUAAAAAUUCUAAAAAUCUUAAAAUAUUCAAAAAUACUCGUAUCAAAAAUGUGAGACUAUGAAUGUAGAAUCAUGUGGUUAAAAAUAUAGCAAUUUCUAAAUACCAUUGAUAGCCGUUUGAAUAAAAAAGUUCCGAGUCUGUUUAUCUGCACUUUUAUACAGUAUACAUUUACAGUUUUGUAAAAUGACUUUGAACAUUUUGUCGGGGAAUUGAAAGUUUAUAUGCCUAGGAAUAUGAAUUGUAAGGUAAAAUGAGGUAAUUAUAAAAAGUAUCUGAAGAGCUACCUAAACGUUUGAAUUUCGAAGGUGCAGUGAAUAAUAUGACUUCUUAACACACGCUAUUCCUAAAUAUCUAUAAUUUAGCGUUGCUAUAAAAAGUUGCCUAAGACUAUAUAAAAGACUAAUUAGAAAAGUACAUAAAAAUGUACUAUGAUCAGUAGCAAUAUUGGUUCAAAAUGAAAAGUCUGUACAAAACAUUAGAAUCAGUUUGUGCUCUGAAAUUUAUAAAAUAAAUUAUUGAACUAAUUAGUAUCUUUCUGUUGAUUAUUGUUUCAAAGACUAACUCUUCACUGACAUAAAAGAAAAAUAACUAAAAUUCAAAAAUAUUAAUUCCUUCCCAACAAGAAAAACAAUGUUCUCUUUUGAUCUCUUAAUA